UGUCCAAUAAAAAACGAUUUUCCAUUGCAAAACUUUUUCAGUUUCAAUACGUUUUGCUACGGUAUGUACCCAUGUGUUCGAAGUCGCGUUUAAAACAACUGCGAACUCAUGACGUCGGUGAUCUACAGGUCGGACAGUCGGAGCUCUCGAGGGAGACCCGAGUUGGAAUUCCGAAUUGGAUGACCGUUCAAAUCGAUUUCUCCAAGUUGUUUUGAACGCGGAACGAGACGCGAGAACCUGGUAUGUAAAAUUAGUUGAGCAUCCCAUAUGUAAUGUAGACCUCCGGACGAUCCGUUUCGGCUUCGAUUGAGCGAGAUAUAAAAGGGAGGGUGAGAGUAACCAGAGAGGAGUAUCGAUCCAAAGCUACAGAUGACACUGACUCUAUGGGAAACAGAUCAUCCCUCCUUUCACACGUUGACAAUUAUUUAACUCAGUGGCUACAGAAUAGGUCUAUUCGGCCGGACUGCUUGUCUUCAAAUUCUGUAGUGACCUGGCGUAAGUAAACAGGCGUGUUGCAACUAAUGCUCUCCGAUGUCUGCAGGAUCAAUCAGCCAGUCAAUUGUUGAAUCUGACUGACUUCACAUUUGACUUGAAAUGUCCUCACCAAGCAAACGUCGCCACAGCCGUAUAACGGUCAAAGACAGAGUGAAAGAGUUUCCUGAUACAUUUGAGAAAAAAGGCCAGUUGUUUUGCAGAGUAUGUGACAACAAAAAGCCUCUUGAUUACCGUAGGAAGUCAAGUUUGACCAGACACUUUGCCUCAGCUCGUCAUAAGCUGAAAGCCUGUCAAAAGUGUGAAGAAAAUGAGAAUGAAUGUGAAAGUGAACCCAAAAGGAAAUGGACCUCUUCAAGUAUGUGUGAAACCCAUCCCAUACUGGACCCAUCCACAGGUAAAGAUGUUGAGCCUAUGGAAACAGAACAGGAACCCAGUAACCCCUUCACAAGUGGUGAUCAUGUUCAGGAGGCACUAGGAGAACACAGAGCAGCUCCUCUCCCAUACCCUCCCUCUCUCCAGCCCUCCUUUUCACUCCCCGCUACCCAGCCCUCAUCUCUUCAGCCCUACACUCUGCCAGCCCCCUCUCGACCGUCCCACUCCCUUGAUGUGAGUGAAAAGAAGAGAGGAGAGGAAAGAGAUGCUGAGUUUGUGGACAAGUACAGGGCUCAGCUUAUUCAGAGGGUUACCAUGGUGAUGUACAUAGUAGAUGACCUGCUCCAGAGGGGUAUGAUCCAUUGUGAGGCGUACUGUAACAUCCGUGCUGCCCGGACCAACCAGGAACAGAUGAGGGAGCUGUACAAGGCCGUAGACUCAGGGGGAGUAAAAGUCAAAUCAGCCUUCUACAGGAUCCUCCAAGAGCAGUAUACUUAUUUGGUCCAGGAUAUAGGUGUGGACUUUGAUGGCCAGACUAGGCGCAAAGUGGAUGACAUCACACAAAGAGUUAAAGAGGAACAUAAAGCCAGUCUGAUGAAGAAGUUUGGAUUCGUGUUUGAAGGCACUGCAGUGGAUAGAACUCCUCUCAACAGCAUCUACACACAGCUCUACAUCACACAAGGACAGAGUAAAGGGGUUAAUAACGAACAUGAGAUUCGACAGAUUGAAUAUACAUCCAGGACAAAAACAGUAUUGGACACUCCAAUCAACUGCAACGACAUCUUCAAACCCUUACCUGGACAGAAGAAAGAAAAGAAGAGACCUAUCAGAACUGUAAUGACGAAGGGCAUCACUGGCAUCGGAAAAACAGUUUCAGUCCAGAAGUUCAUCCUCGACUGGGCAGAAGGAAAAGCCAAUCAGGAUGUUGAUUUCAUCUUUGUGCUCCCUUUCAGAGAGCUGAAUCUGAUUAAAGACAAUCAGUACAGUCUUCAUAGACUUUUGAAUUACUUCCAUCCUGAACUUAGAGAGAUAGAAGAUGCACAGAAAUACGAUGACUGUGAAGUCAUGUUCAUCUUUGAUGGUCUGGAUGAAAGCAGACUACCAUUAGGUUUUCAUCAGAACAAGAAGUUGACUGAUCUAACUGAGACAUCAUCAGUUGACAGGUUGAUGACAAACCUCAUUGAGGGGAAUCUACUGCCCGAUGCUCUCCUCUGGAUAACCUCCCGACCAGCAGCAGCCAAUCAGGUCCCCCAUGAGUACAUCAACAAGGUGACAGAAGUACGAGGGUUCAAUGACAAACAGAAAGAAGAGUACUUUGAGAAGAAUGUUGAGGAUCAGAACUGGGCCAGCAGAAUCAUCUCACACAUUAAUACAUCAAGGAGCCUCCACAUCAUGUGCCACAUUCCAGUCUUCUGUUGGAUUACUGCCAGGGUUCUUGAGCAAAUGUUGAGUGAUGAUGAGAGUGGAGAGAUCACAACUCUGACUGAGAUGUACAAUCACUUCCUGCUCAUUCAGACGAACCUGAAAAGCAAGAAGUAUGAUGAGAAAAAUGAGACGGAUCUGCACAUAAUCAUAGAACAAAACAAAGAAACCAUUCUCAAACUGGCACAACUGGCAUUUAAACAGCUGGUGAAGGGCAAUCUGAUAUUCUAUAAGAAAGACCUGGAGGAGUGUGGCAUUGAUUUCAGUGACGCCUCAGUGUACUCUGGGUUUUGCACAGAAAUCCUGAAAGAAGAGUAUGGGUUGUAUCGGAAGGAGGUGUACUGCUUUGUUCACCUGAGUUUUCAGGAGUUCCUUGCUGCUCUGUACGUGUUCCACUGCUGUGUGAGCAAGAACAUCAAGGCCCUGGAGUCUUUCAUUGGGGAUGUGUCUUCAGAGCUGUCCUUGCAUGAACUGCUGAAGAUGAUGGUGGAUAAAGCCUUGAAGAGUGAGAAUGGACACCUGGAUCUGUUCCUCCGCUUCCUUGUUGGCAUCUCAACAGAAUCCAACCAGAGACUGUUAAAAGACCUACUGCCACAAACAGAGAUCAGCUCAGAGACUGUUGACGAAAUUAAGAAAUACCUCAGGGAGCCAAAUGUAGAGCAAGUUUCACCUGAUAGGUACAUCAAUCUACUCAUCUGCUUGACUGAGAUGAAAGAUGAUUCAGUACAUGAGGACAUUGACCAGUUCCUGAAGUCAGGAACGCAAACCGGAAAAGAACUGUCACCUGGUGACUGCUCAGCAUUGGUCAAUGCUCUGCUGAUAUCAAAGGGCGUGCUGGAUGAGUUAGACCUGCGGAGAUGCAACACAUCUGAGGAGGGGCGUUUGAGACUGAUCCCAGCUGUGGAGAAAUAUAGAAAGGCAAUUUUCUACAGACUGUCUGGCUGGGUACUCCAACAUGAGCUCUUUGAAUCACUGGCCUCCAUUCUCCAAUCGGUAGACUCACAUCUGAGAGAGCUGGACCUGAGGAACAGUCGGAUGUUUCAUGGCAGAGUGAAGGUUCUCUUUGCUGCACUGAAACAUACACACUGUAAAUUGGAUACACUGAGACUGGGUAACUUUACACUCUAUGAGGAGGACUGGGGAUCACUGGCCUCCGUUCUCCAAUCAGCAGACUCAACUCUGAGAGAGCUGGACCUGAGGAACAGUGUGCUGUUUUAUGAUGUUGAUGAUGACAGGCUGAGGGUACUUUUUGCUGCACUGAAACAUCCGCUGGAGAUACUGAGGCUCAAUAGAUGUUCCCUGACAGAGAAAGGGUGUGAAGCGUUGGCCUCAGCUCUCAGCUCAAACUCCUCUCACCUGAGAGAGCUGGAUCUGAGUCACAAUGUCCUGCAGGAUUCAGGAGUGAAGCUGCUCUCUGCUGGACUGGGGAAUCCACACUGUCAACUACAGAAACUGAAGCUGUCAUUCUGUAGAGUCACAGAGGAAGGCUGUGCUUCUCUGGCCUCAGCUCUGAGGUCAAACCCCUCCCACCUGAGAGAACUGGACCUGAGCUUCAAUCACCCAGGAGACUCUGGAGUGAAGCUGCUCUCUGCUAGACUGGAGGAUCCACACUGUAGACUGGAGAAACUCAAUGUGGACCAUAGUGAAGAGAUCUGGGUUAAACCACAGCUGAUGAAGAAAUAUGCCUGUGAUCUCACACUGGACCAAAACACAGCACACGGACUCCUUUCUCUGUCUGAGGGGAACAGAAAGGUGGAGAGGGUUAAAGAGAAGCAGCCAGGUCCUGAUCACCCAGAGAGAUUUGAUCACUAUACCCAGGUGCUGUGUAGAGAGGGUCUGACUGGACACUGCUACUGGGAGGUAGAGUGGAGUGGGAUGGAGGCUACCAUAGGAAUGGCAUAUAAAGGCAUCAGCAGGAAAGGAAGACGUCGUGUCUGUAAGCUUGGAUACAAUGACGAGUCCUGGUGUCUGACCUGCAAUCGGGAUGGUUACUCUGCCUUGCACAAAAAUGAAGAGACUGGUAUACCUGGCCAGCACCUCAACAACUCUCCCCAGAGAGACCAGUCCUCCUCCCGUCCACUCCCCAGAGUAGGAGUGUUUCUGGACUGGCCAGCUGGCACUCUGUCCUUCUACGAGGUCUUCUCUGACACAAUGACCCACCUGCACACUUUCCAGGCCACAUUCACUGAGCCCCUCUACCCAGGGUUUGCAGUUCAGCAUCCUCACACCUCCAUGUCCCUUGUGUUUGCCAGCAGUCCUGUACCACCAGAGGAACCUACAAUGGAGAUUAUUCCAGAUCUGAAGCUGUCCACCUCUGCAGCUGAUCCCAGAACUGUAGGGGCUCUCAUGCCACCCACAUCUGUAAGGACUGAGGAGGAUCUUGUCCUGCUGGUUGGCAGUUCUUCUAGUACAUUGGACAGAGAAGCAUCAGGCAGCAAAGACACUGGAAUCACAAAGGAAAAAGAUGCACUGGUCACGAGACCCACAAUGAAGACAGUACCAGAUCUGCUGCUGGCCACUCUGGAGAAGCUCGGAGACAUGCUGAGGGACUUUCAGUCUAACCUAGCUAGCGGCCAGCUGCCUGGCUAUCCUCCCAUCCCAGAGAGCCUGCUGAGGAACGCUGACGGACAGGACACAGUGAAUCAGAUGGUUGAGAGAUACGGCGCUGAGAGAGCUGUGGGGAUCACGCUGAGGAUCCUGAGGAAGAUGGAACUGAAAAAUCUUACAAAGGAGUUAAGAAGAAAACACAGAAGAGUUUUUCUUCCACACAAAUUCCAGGCCCCAACAUGGAAGGCCCAAAAAGAAAACUUUGGACCAACUAGUGAGGAGAAUUGUAGCAGCUCCUUUCCCAGCAGAAGUGAGGAUGAACACACCAAGAGGCGUAAAAGAACAGCGCUGUCUGAAAUUUCCAGUGAAGAGAGCGAAAACAAACAAGUCCGGCCGGGAUCUGGUCGUUUUUCUAGUACUUUGGACAGGCGGGCAUCAAGCAGUAAAGAUUAUUCUCUCCUCCUGGACCCCAAUGAUCCCAUUGUUGGACAGGCCUUCACCUUGCCAAGGCACCUAAGACCACCCAGACCCUUGAUAGGCUCUCUAACUUUUCCAUCAUCUAGCCAAGGUUCAUUUGGAGUGAAGAGUGAGAAACGUGUCAGACUGUCUGACAGCUUACCUGAGGCCAUGGAGGAGUUAAGCAUCACAGAAUGUAGAGUAGUGGACCAGAGCCUGUGUACUACUGACCCUCCCAUGAGAUCUCCUGAUACCUUUGAACCAGAUGUCUAUGAUGAUGAGGCCAAGGGAGCAUAUCGGUUCCUGUGCCCCAGUGCAGGUCUGUUCCAGUGCAGUGUAAAAGGCCUGGUAUUUAGGAUGGAGGGAGAGGGAGAGGUGCUCUAUAGGACAGUCCCCUGGGACAGGAGGCUUCUAUCCCAGAAUGGCAAGAGGCCUGCAGGACCCCUGUUCAAGUUUACAUGCCUUAAGGGGUCUGUCAGUCAACUACACCUCCCACACUGUGAGAUUCAUUCUGAGGGUGGAUGUGACUUCCUGUCUGUAGCCCAUGUGACUGAUGAUGACAGUGUGGAGUUUCUCCAUCACCAUGUGACAACAGAAACUCACAUCAUAUUAAACAUCACUGGAUUCAGCAAAUAUGGCAUCACCAAGGAUAAGGAAGCCCCUGUCUUUCCUAUCCGUGCUCUGGUGCUACUAUUUUACCAACUCCCAGAUGAUAACAAUAGUUCCACCCUAAAUGUGUUGUUGCUACCCAGAAAUGUUGACAUUGAUGAGGUGAUACCGUCAAGGUCCGAGGGCGACAUUUGGGCUUCCAUGUUUCAGGCACUGCUACUAAAUCAUGACGGUUUGUUCCAAAACAUUUCCAAUCCUCUCAAGGUGUGUAAGACCAGGAGGACAAGGAAUGGAGACCGAGAAAUCUACAUUGAAAAAAAUUCUAAUUGUAGACUAAUCCCGGACCAAGAAUACACCCUCUCCACUGAUCUAACAGAUGAACAUCACAUAGAUCCAGAGGAAGCAGAGUUUGUGGAUUAUGAUUCCUAUACAAACUACAUGCCAACAUUUCAGUUGUAUUUACAAACUGUUAUUAAAAAAGUGCAUUUUCUUCUGAAAGAACAUGGCGGUCCUGAAAAUGAACGUGUAUGGGACCGCCUUGUUUCACUACCAGUCUCCCCAACAGAAGUUCCCUCUUCAGUUACACCACCAGGUGGCGCUAAAGCAGGGACAACUAAGGUUCAUAUUCUGCUGCUGAACACUCUGGAAGAGCUGGGCCGAAGCGACCUGAAGACAUUUCAGUUUCACCUGACUCAUUAUGUGGAUGACCCCAUCUCAAGGAGCCAGCUGGAGGAUGCUGACAGGCUGGUCACAGUGGAUAGGAUGGUACAGAGCUACUGUGAUGAGGGAGCUGUGAAGAUCACACUGGAGAUCCUGAGGAAGAUGGGCCAGAACAAACUGGCUGAGGAUUUAAAGGAGAAGUUCACAAACAAUGUCUGAAUUGUAUACAGUAUGUCUACAACUGUAUACAGUACUGUUUGUCUACAACUGUAUACAGUACUGUUUGUCUACAACUGUAUAUGCAUUCACACAUCAAGUCUUCUCUUGAGUUGGGCUCAGGGAUGGAACAACUGUUGAACGUCUGUGGUUGUGGUUGUUUCUGGGGGAAGGGUGGAUAGAGUGUAUGACUGGGUGUGAGUAUCCUACAUAUGUUGCUAAAAGGCAAUGGUGUUAGGGACAAUAUAGGAUGAAUCACAAUAAUGAUUUGCCAAAAUAAAAAUUGCUUGCCAAAAAUGUGAGAAUAGAAAGUUUCAGAACUUUUGUGAAACAGCACAGUUGAAAAAUAUAUGGCAAAUAGAAAUCAAAACUGGAUGGUGUUUAGAG